UGCAUCGCCAUGUGCGUGAAAGUCGGUUUAGCGCCGUUUCCCCCGAACAGCUGAUCCUGGAGCCUCGAGGAAGUUAGUUCACUUUAAUGGAGGGAGGUGCACAUGGUGGCGAAAGCACAAUAGCUGGCCUGCUUCUGACUUUAGGAACACCAGCAGCAGUUGUCGUUGCUGUUGUUGCUGGAUUCUGCCUGGCAAAGCUCCAGCCAACAUCACAGAAGAGGCACCUAAUUGAGUCAGAUCAGGACCCAGGAUCAAGAAUGGUUCGCGUGCGUAGAUCGGCUUCCGAUAAUGAAUGCCCAAUAUGUAUGGAUCCGGCAAAGUUUGCUGUGGAAACUAAUUGUGGGCAUAUGUACUGCUCAAAAUGCAUUAUCCAGAAUUGGAGAACUAACUUCACAAUGUCGCCCAUGAGUUGUCCAUUUUGUAGACAGGAGGUGACCAUACUUUUGCCAUGUUUCUCAGAAGGAGAGACAAAUACAGCAGAACUUACUGAAGUACAAGAGAGGGAAAGGCAAGUGUCGGACAUUCAGGAGUACAAUAGGAUGUAUUCAAAACAUCCCAGAUCACUCUACGGCCAGCUUCAGGACCUCCCAACCAUCCUGCGGCACAUCUGGGCUGAGUUGUUCACCUGGCGUGGUGUAGAGAUGAUCUCCCGCUUCAGAGUUCUGAUAUGCAUAGUCACAGCCAUCAUUUAUGCCAUCAUGCCCAUUGAUCUCAUCCCUGAAGCCUUUGUUGGCCUCUUGGGGCUCAUAGACGAUGUAAUUGUCAUAGCUUUCUUGUUAAUACAAGUCAGUGUCGUUUAUCGCACUGUAGUGGCCAAUAGAGAUUGGUAAUAGAUCCUAUUAGCAUAAAAAAAAACUUGGCUUUGAAUGAGCUUUAAUUUCUAUACUAAUGUAUAUACAGUGCAUAUUAACAACAAGGGAGUAAACUGUAUUUUAUUGUUUGAGUGCCUUCAGUUUUCUCCUCUUUAAGUUUCUUUUUAUCACUGGGGUAAUUUCCUUAAUGAAAACAGGGAAAAUACUUAGUUAUUCAAGGAUCUGUGUAAAAGGAAAAUGUUGAUUAUAGUUUUUUUCCCACAAACUUUAUGGUUCAACUUAAAACAUUUUCAAUUCUAAUGCUACCCAUGGAACAAAUUUUAUAAUAAAAAAAAUAUAAAAAAAAGAAAAAAAAAAAAAAAGAAAGAAAAUUAUAUGCAGUAGAAGCAAGAACUUUGGCUAAGAGAAACAUUUGGGCCAUGCCAUGAUUGCAUAAGGGAAUAUGGACACACACAAGGGUGGCUUUAUGUUGAAGGAAAUGAGAACAAAAAUGUGUAAGAAAACCAUCAGAAGGUGGGGAUCAAAUCCAAAAGUAAAAAUGUUUGGCCAAAACAAAAUACUAGUGGUUUGAGACAAGAAUUAGAAAAUAGUUAUUGUCUUAUUUAAAGGACAAAGGGAAUCCUUGUGUGUACAAUUAUUAUUGGUAUUGAAAAAUGUUUAAAGUUCUUGCUUCUUCUGUAAAUGAUCAAAAAUAGGUCUUUUCAUAUUUAUGUGCUUUUAUAUAUGUCAUGGUGCUAUCACUUACCCUAAAGGGAUUGUUUUUUUCAUUUAUCUGUUAUAGGCUGUGGUGGUUGAAAAUAUUUUUUUUCCUUUAGACAAUUGUAUUUUGUUAUUUGCAUCAGUUUGAUGUGCAUUUUGCUGAUAACAGUACACUUGCAAUUGUCACUUCAAAAAUAUACAAGUACUUUAUAUAUAAAUAUAUAUAUCUUGGUUUAAAGGUAGGAAAAAAAAAUUAUGAACAAUAGUGCCUUUUUGUUCCUGAAAUGAGUUAGGUGUGAAAUACUGACUGCUUACUUCCUUAGCUUGUAAUAUUUGAACAGAUUUUUCCUCACCAGUGCUGCAAACUUUUUCUAUUAUUUUUCACAGGAUCAGUAAAUGUUUCAGGUCAUAAUAUUGAUUAGACAAUGUUUUCCAGUAGUUGUAUAUACAAUGGUCGUACUCACAAUACAAGUUUAUAAUCAUCUAAAUUCUUAGUGCAAGAUAUAAAAUGUAUUGUAACCAGUAAUAGCAUGGGUUACAUAUACCAUAAAGUCACUUCGGAUAGUAUUAUACACAAUUCUGUUAAUUGAAAAAAAACUGUGAUAACUGAUUAAUAUGCUUAAAUAUGCAUUCUAUGUAUAUUCCUAUUCAGAAUAGUUUUUACCUUUAGUCAGAGAGUUAUGGCUAUGCCAGGUGAGCAGCACCAGAACUGUGUUUUGCUGCUUGGACAUAUUGCAAAUAGGAUUUUCUACUGCAACUUACAGUAGGAUUGUAAGUGAAUGAGCACUUUUGUACUGGAUCAAGAGGUAUUGGAGAAAAGUAGCCUCUUUUAUCAAACAAAUAAAUAUCAUCAUUUUCCAAGGAAACUAUGCUUG